AUGUACGACAUUAAAAAUCAAAGGGAUGGCGGAAACAACGACGAAGUAGUCGAAGCAGAAGAAAACCAAGAAGAAAAAGAAAAAUUAGAAAAUAGUAGACGGAAAUUUCGAAGAAAAUCGAUGAUUUAUCAUUCGAUAUCGUUGAUAGUGUUGCACGCUCUGGAAGCACUACUUUUGAUCAUUCUUCUGCCAGUGAUAAUCUGGCAAUGGGUUUCUGUCAAUCAUCGUUUAAAGAUUAUCCUGAAAACCGUAGUAGAAGUCACGCUCGAACUGGUUAUGUGGGUGAUCUUCGCUGGAGUGUCUGUCCUUAUGACCACGACAUUCGUUUUAGAAGAUAUUUACCAUGGAAAGAACGACUAUGAGAAGCUCAAACAAUUAAUAAACACGCGAGACGAGCCCAUACGGAGCAGUAACGAAACGCCGAAUUUUUUUAAAGAGCAGAGCGAACUGAUACUUCCAGAAAACUGACAUCGAUAUUUCUUAUAAUAGCUUUCUUUUUUUACCUUUCUGUUUUUCUAUUUUCACUAUAUCUUUUUAUAGUACUCUGUAUUCUGUAUAUUUUCAAUGUAUCCUAUACUGUAUGUUUAUUUGUUUUUAAAGGGCUUCUUCUAGUACAACUUUUUUAUGACUGAUCUUUCGAGGAAAAUACAGUUCCUUAUUCGUAAAAUUAUAAGUUGUAAAGUCAUAACAUUGUAAAAUGGUCAGUUUUUGCUAGUGGAAAUAGCUUCAAUAAUUGGAUUAGUAUCCAAACGACGCAACGGAAUUAAUAUCUAUGUAAAUCAUCUAAAAUAAUGCUUAAACUAAAUAUGUUGUUACUACUUAAACUAAAGAUACAUAUAUAUACAUCUAAAAACAAAAAUUUUUAAUGCAAAAGUUCGCAAAAUGUGUUAAUCACAGUACUUAAAAAUAUACCAAAAAUACACAAAAAAUACUUGUCAUAAUACUUAAUAAGUGGCAUAUAGAUGAUAAACUUUUUCCGGCUACCCAUUUCUAUAAACUAUGUUCAUAGAAAUAUAAAUCCGCGUAAACGCCAAUAGUAAAAAAUAUUAUAGCUACAAAAUUUCUUCUAAACAGACGAUUCUUCGACAAAUAUUGAAGAUUCUUCGAUCAAUGGUUCCUCUGACGUUGACACAGGACUUCCUGGCGAAUCUUUGUAAAUUACAGGAAUUUCCACAUUUUCGUGAAACCAGUCUUUAUCAGAUUCUUAUUUCUACUCGGGAAAAGGAAUUCUAUCACUAUUCUUCGAUGAUAAUGGUCCCAAUAUGUUCAUGAGGUGUUUGAAGACAGACGCAUUCAUUAAAUAAAAAACGUUGCUGCUUUGAACAUUGUUCGUUAAAACGUUAAUUUCAGCGACUAAUAAUUUUAAAACUGCGAGUUUAACGCUUUUGUUGAAUUCGAAUUUAGCCAUUCCCAAACCCAAUACGUUGCUUAAUAUUUUAUCGCUGCUUCUCAUUAGUGAUGAAGUCGUUGGGUCGUCCCAAGGAAUACGUUCUCGGCGCCACCAUUGUAAAGAAAUUUAAAACAGAAUUAUUCUAUACAUAUUCUAUUAUUCUAGACAAAUUCUCUUUGAAAUGGUAAUUAUAAAGAUUUAUUACGCGGCUGAAAAUCGACUUAUGACAAUAUGAAAAAUGAAAUAAUUAUAAUUAUACAAUAUAUAAAUAAAUAUUUUAUAUGGUGAAUGAUAAUUAUAAAAAUGUAUAUUUCUGACAGACAAAGAGAAGAAUACGUUUCACAAAGUAGUUGAAACUUAAGAAAAGAAUAAAUACGCUUAGUAGCUGCAUGGUGUACGUGAAUAGGACAUGAUGCGUUUAGAAUCGGUGUAAGUCUUUAUAUAUAUAUAUAUAUAUAUAUAUGCCAAAAUCCCGAUAAUAAUCCAACUUCCUCAUAUUUUCCUUCAUUUCAGUUAUUCGAAAUUUUCACCUUCGUCACAAUAUUCCUUAUCUAAUAUUUUCAUCGUUGAAGUGAUAAUUAUUUUCGUGUUAAGAUAUCUGUAACAUAAAUUGAUUUUCUUACAAUGUCUUUGAAAUUUUAAUGAUACGUUAUUUAGUAUAUUAUCUAUACACGAGUCAAUCUAGAGUCUAACCUUACAGAAAUAGAGAUAUUCAUCAUCACAAAUAUUCACUGGGAAAAUGACUUUUUGAUCAAUUAGGGAAAAACAAUUAUUGGAAAACUAAUAUGUUGUAUAAAAUGGCUAGGAGAAUCAUUUUAUAAAAAAGAGCUCUAACCUCACCGUUUCUGAAUAAGAGUAAUUUAGACGUACAAAAUAUCGUAUAUCAUAAUGUGAAGCUGGUUAUCUCUGAAUUGUUUCUUAAUGCACGCGCGUAAAAGGUGCAGAGAGCCAAGAAAUCUCUUCCUAGAGAGGGUAUCUAAAACAAACCCAAAGAACAUGGUUUUCGAAUCUCAACGUAUUUUACUUUUGAAGGAUAUUGUUACGCCAUAAAUAAUAAUAUAUAUGCUAUACUAAUAUAAUAUAUAUAUAUAUAUAACGUUUGAAUAGCGAAAUAUUUUCAUCUUGUAAUUACUUUACAAUUUAUAAUUACGCACAUAUUAGGAUGAUGCACAUUAAAUGUCCAUUCUCCAAAACCUCAUUAUUGACUAUAACGAGAAUGAACAAAAUAUUAAUGUGAUGAACAUUUUUGGAAACAUGAAUUUUGCAUUUAUGAAAGAUGAUCGUAUUUCAAUGAAACUACGUUUGCUUAAAACUUUAAGUUGCUUUUCUGACAAUCCAUUUGUAACAUUCUGAUUAAUUGACUUUAUGACUCUGCUACGCCUUAAGAUUACAAUUCACAUCGACAGCCCCUACGUCAAUGCGUUAAAUCGUAACACAAAUGAUCAAAUCGCAAAAGCUAUUGACUUACAUUGACCUUUGUUACGAUGAUCGCAAUUCGGCAUAAAUUACCAUAAAUUCACGGUGAUCCACGUUUAAAAACACAUUGCUUGCGACUUAUGCGAUUAAUGGUAUUUGCUAAUCUCAAGACUCAAAUCGUCGAAAGUAGCCCCAGAAGAGAUGAAACAAAUUCUCGCUGUAUGUCUCCUACUGACAGUGGCCGAUGCUAAUGUUUUCCGGGAAAAUCAUGGAAGCCCCUUGAAUAGAUUUUUCCACCCGAAACGCUGGUUUCCAUCACCGGAGCAUCAAUUUGAAUCACCAGGACAUUCAUUUCCUAUACCAGAACAUUUAUUUCCUACACCAGGACACUCACUUCCAACGCCAGCAUACAUGCAAGUCUCAUCAGACCAGUCACCAUUCCAUAAACAAUUAGAAAAACUCUUUCCACACAAAGUUAACCAACAGAAUAAGGCCUCAGAAUCUUGUACUGCUGUGAGGAUUUGUCAUAGUCCGUUAACAGGCGAAAUCAUCAUUACUGAAUUUGAUGGAAUACAGCCAAUAAGUAAUGAAAAUCUUGGUUGUACAAGUGGCAAUAAGAAAUAUUCUGAUAACGUAAAUUCUAACAAUGAAAAUCUUAAUAGUAAUAGAAAUGUUAAGGGGAAUCACAGAACAACUAUGCCAAUACUUACUACUACUUCACAAUCUCAAACCAGUGAAUCUCCUCAUAACUAUGGAGAAGGAAUUAUUGACAUUCGAAUGGGCUACUAAAUACUAAAAAGUAAAAAAAGGAAAAAGGAAAGUAAUAUUUUCAUUAAGUUUAAAAAGUAAUGUAUUUAUUAAGUUUUAUGAUACAUUGAACAUGUACACAUUAAUAAUAUUCGAAAUAAAAAUAGAUGCAUCUGA